AUGGUCGCACGUAUAACCACCCAUAGAAAAAAAAAUAAACAAAUUUAUUUUGAUUCAACAAGUACUUCCGUUAUAGCAUCUGUUUGUACAGCAGCAUUGCCUGCACGUAGUACUGUACGAUCCCUUGGACAUUCAAAUACUUCCAUAUUUCAAAAUUAUCAAUUAGUAUGGUUAGAUUCUCAUAUUGAUGAACAUAAUGAUUCGAAUUGUCAGAAUACAAUUACAAUCUUACGACGUAUUGUUAAUUAUGUAACUACAUUUAAUGAAGUCGAUGAAUGUAUGAAUUAUAUUGGUAAAAUGAAAGAUGAAAAAAUUAUUUUGAUUAUAUCUGGAACACUUGGUCAAAAUUUCAUACCUAUAAUUCAUGAUACAUCUCAGAUUAUAUCGAUUUUUAUAUUUUGUAACAAUAAAUUAGUACAUGAAUUAUGGGCAUAUUCAUGGUCAAAAAUUAAAGGUGUUUUUGAAGAAAUUUCAAAUCUUUAUGAAGCAAUUAAACAAGCGGCUGAAGAAUGUGAUCGAAAUACUAUUUCAAUGAGUUUUAUUAAUACAAAUGAUGAAACAUCAGUUGAAAAUCUAGAUAAAUCUUUUAUAUAUAUGCAAAUCUUAAAGGAAAUCAUAUUGGAAAUUGACUUUAAAGAUCAAGAUAUAAAAGAUUUUACUACUUAUUAUCGUAAACAUAUUGUUGGUAAUGUUGCUGAACAAGCGAUUAUUGAUAAACUUGAACGAGAAUACCAUCGUUAUGAACCUAUUUGGUGGUGUACAAAUGAAUAUUUUCUUUAUUCAAUGCUCAAUCGAGCAUUACGUACGAUGCAAAUAGAAACAAUUAUUAGAAUAAGUUUCUUUAUACGUGAUCUUCAUAAAUAUAUUGAUCAAGUUCAUUCUGAAGAAAUUCAUAAUUCAUCGUUAUUAACUGUAUAUCAUGGCCAAGGUAUAUUACAGAAAGACUUUGAUCAAUUGAAGAAAAUGCAAGAUGGAUUAUUAUCAUUUCAUAAUUUUUUAUUUACUAGUAAAAAUCGUGAUUCACCUUUGAAUUUUGCACGCCAGACGAUUAUAAACUCUGAUUUGAUAGGUAUAUUAUUUGUUAUGACAAUUGAUCGUUCUCUAACUUCCACACCUUUCGUUAAUAUUCGUGAUGACUUACCUAAAGGAGAAGUUCUCCUAUCUAUACAUUCCAUUUUCCAUAUUGGUCAGAUUCAACAAAUUAGUAUUAAUAAUAAUCGUCUUUGGCAAGUGGAAUUAACUUUAGCGAAUAAAAAUGAUUUAAAACUUGAUGUAUUAAAUAAACGUAUCUUAGACGAAACAAUAUCUUCUAGAAAAGGAUGGUGUCGAUUGAGUGAAUUAUUAAUUAAACAAAAUCAAUUGACUAAAGCUCAACAAGUAUGUGAUAUAGCAAUGACUCGUACAGAUGAUGAAAAUGAAAAAGCAUUUUUCUAUUAUCAACUUGGUUUGAUUAAAUUUCAUCAAGAAGAAUAUAAAGAAGCUAAUUUAUUUUAUAAUUCUUCACUUAGAAUUCAUGAAAAAAAUCUUAAUUCUGGAAGUAUUGAUGCAGCUGUAUGUUACAUGGGAAUUGGUUCAAUUCACGAGAAAAUGGAAAUAUAUUGGAAAGCACUUUCAUUUUUUGAAAUAGCAUUUGGAAUCUACGAGAAAAUUCUCCCGACAAAUGAUUCACUUGUGACUAAUUGUAUCAAUAAUAUUGGCAGAAUAUGUUAUUUAAUGAAGCGAUAUUCGAAAUCAAUUUUUUAUUAUAAAAAAGUACUUAAAAUUUAUCAAAAUAGUGCAACUUCAAAUCAAUCUGAUGUGGCUAUUGCUUAUAAAAAUAUAGGUUUGGUAUAUGUUAAACGAAAUGAGCAUUCAAAUGCAAUUACAUUUUUUGAGAAAACACUUGCAAUUUAUAAGAAGAUUCUUCCUUCAAAUCAUCUUGAUAUAGCCGAAAUAUAUCAAACUAUUGGCUCUGUAUAUGACAAUUUGUGUGAAUAUUCAACUGCGCUUUCAUAUUACGAAAAAGCAUUGAAAAUUUAUGAAGAAACUCUUUCUUCAACUCAUCCUAACUUAGCAAUAUCUCAUAAAAGCAUAGGCUUGAUAUAUUUUCAAAGAAGUGAUUAUUUAAAUGCACUUUCAUAUUACGAAAAAGCACAUGAUAUAUAUGAACAAAUACUUCCUUCGAAUCAUCCUGAUUUAGCAGCUUCUUAUAUGCGUCAUGGAUCUGUCUAUGAAAAUACAAAUAAUUUUACAAAAGCACUUUCAUAUUAUAAAAAAGCAUUUGAAAUUUAUCAAAAUAAUUAUCCUAUAAAUUAUCAUGAUUUGGCUAAUGUUUACAAUAAAAUUAGUUCAGUAUAUUUUCAAAUGGGUAAAUAUUCACUAGCACUUUCAUUUUAUGAAUGUGCUCUUGAUAUUGAACAAGAAUUAUCCAAUGGAAAUCAGUCUUCUAUUGAACAAUGGGAUGACAAUCUCGAUAUAAUACAAGACGAUUGUGAAUAA